CUUGUUAGUUGUGCGAUAUGUGUUAGGUUUCUCCGUAAUUUUCAUCAGUAUAUGGUUGUCGUUUUGCAAGAAAUAUAAAAGUUAUGCCAGGGGCUAAUUGCUCAGUAUUUGGCUGUGGUUCGUGCAGAAGAACGAAGGGAAUUGGUAUUUGGAAGUUGCCUCUGGCAAAAGACGAAGCUCAUGGAACAUGGCGAGACGAAUGGCUUGGUGAGAUAAAAAAGACAAGAGAAAUGGAUCAGAACUUCAGGGAACAGUUGAAGAGCGAUAGAAUAUAUACCUGUGAGAAACAUUUUGCGCCCGAAGAUAUCGAAAUAUAUCAAUCUGCGAAAAUGACCAAAAAGAAGCCCAAAUUUGGAGCUUUGCCGAAGCUGAACAUGCCUAAGAAAAGCCAUGAAAGCAGCAAGCCUUCACCACGUCCUGAACGUUCGGUUGUAAAAUGUAACGAGGGGCCUUUACCACACAGCUGCUACAAGGGAUUUUCAGAGCUCUGCCAACGAGUCUCCUCUACUAACUAUGAUAAUAUCGAGCAGUUCCUAAAAAGCACCAUAUUCUUUUGCCUGGGAACCAUUCUCGCCCUUUGUCAUUAG